GGUUUCCCUCCGUUGGAUCGCUAUGUUUCGUCCUGGCACAGCCAAGGGCCAGCCAUGGCUAGCCGCGGGGUUGGGUCCCCGGGCGCCCUGCGGCGCCUUUUCUUGGUGACUUCCCCGGGCUUGGAACGGAGCUUGGAGCGUGAACUCCAACUCUUGGGCGUCCCGGGGCAAUUUGAAACGCUACAUGGAGGCGUGGCAGUGCACGGCUUGGCCGAGACCAUGUGGCGCUGCACGCUGCAGAGCCGCCUGGCGGAGCUGGUCCUGCUGCGCCUGGGGGACCCGUUCCACGCGCCCGACGUGCGUUCUUUGGAUGCUGGUUUGCAAAGACUGCCGUGGCAUCACUAUUUGCGCCUGGGAGCUAUGACGCCCAUCAUCAAAGUUUCAUCGGUCAUGCUUCGCCGUUUUCAGGAGAAGUCAAGGCUGUAUCAUACCAAACUCAUCGAGGAGCGUGUGGCAGACUCCAUCCGCGCCGCUGCCAAUCUCCAGGAGCAGGAGGUGGCAAGCCCAUCUGGAGCGGCAGAGUUGCCAGAAGUGCGGUUGAGAUUGCGACACAACGAAGCGCAGGUCAGUGUGGCUGCUUCCGGGCUGCUCCACAAGCGCGGCGCGAGGAAGGCCAUUGGAGAUGCAUCCAUGCGGGAGACCUACGCAGCAGCCUGCGUUUUGGCCUCCCCCAUGCUACGACGCCUGACAGCAGCAGCACACCACGACGAGGAGCUGGUGCUUUGGGAUCCCUUCUGCGGCUCGGGAGCCAUCUUGUUGGAAGCUCUGGAGAUCGCUUUGGGACAAGCGCCCGGGGGUCCUUUCUCCAAGUACCAUCCCUUCAAGUCCUUCCCAUGUCACGAUGCUCAGGAGUACGAACGUGUGGCCAAGUCCAUUCAGCCAGAGCCCAAUGCUUCGAUUUCAAAGCUCACGCUGUUGGGAAGUGAUCAAUCCGAGGAGCAGAUCCAGCGUUUGCAGAGCAACCUACGACGCUGCCUGCGGCGGUUGCAAAUUCCCAGCAUCCAAGCAGUGCGUGAGGCGAAGGGCAAGGCGUCGAGCAGAGAGGAGCUCCUGGAAGCCUUGCCCUGCAGGGUGCAGCUGGUGCAAGGUUCCAUCUCCAAAGUUGUCAAGCGGCUUCAAGGGCGCCCAACCAUGAUCGUGACCAACGUGCCCUUCGGACUCGCAUCUGGUGGCAAACAGGACCGCGAGUGGGGUUUGCCCGAAGCCAGUGACACCUAUGGCCAGCUUGGCCGUUUGCUGCGACAGCAGCGUGCAGAUUGGCGGGGGGUUUAUUGUUUGGCCGCCUUUCCGGACUCCUUUCGCACUCACACCGGUCUUGACUGGAGCAGCGAGCUCCGGUUUCUGAGCGGCAGCCGCUGGGUGGAUUUGCUCAGCUGGUCAGGCUCUGUGCGGCAAGCGAGGAAGGGGUGACCAUGGACCAACCAUGGGGCAACCCCCGUGCUGUUUGCUGAGUGCGGCCAUGGUUUGUUUGGUGGGAUGUGCGGACCAAACGGAUGUGGACUGCGUGGGUCUUUGCGUUUCGACCUGUUUCGACCAAAAUCGCUGGACGCCGGACCUUCCGGCCAUCGAGAUGCAGCAAAGCGUCGUCUUCGACAGGGCUAUGUCGCGACUGUCGUCCAAGAACGCCUGUAAUCUGAACGCGGUGAUUGUCCUUCGCUGAAGUUCCGAAAGCGGCGUCCAAAAU